CCCGACGUCUGCAGCAUUGCUUGCCACUCCUCCAGUCGUUGCUGCAGCAGCGGCAGUCGGGAAAUGGUGCGUUGGCUGGUGACUUGCGCGACUGAGGUGGGACUCGACGCGCUGAUCUCGAUCAUGCAUAACUGGGACCAACUGUUCACUCCUGUUGAAGCUACCUCAUCAGUAGCCACCACAAUCAUGUCGCACGCGACCAUAAUCAAACUCAAGCUAUGCUUCCGGCAACAAGAGGAGCUUGCUAGUUGCGCCCGCACCCUGGCGCUUCACUGCGCUCGAAAAGACCCCGCGAAUUGUGCCCUGAACGCAUUGACGUUGUGCGAAGGCGACCACGCGGCAUUUGAAAUGGCGUACCAAAUCGUGCUCGACGGCGCCGCAUCGCACGUCAUGACAUCACACCAGCUCUUUGUCAUUGCGCGUUUCAUGGACCACAGACGGCAUUUGCCGCGUGCGUACAAGCUCGCCACGUUGGCUAUGAAGAACGUGCACCUGGCGUACAACCAAGAGUGCUCAAUGACUGCCCCUGGAAUGGCCGCGUCUCCGAGCGUGGAUCACCACCACCAUCACCACCACCACCACAAGCGACGAGGAGUGGCGAAACCGCUGGCCAUCGACCGCCCUCCUCUCCGCGCUCUGCUGGACGCCGCCAUUGCCGCCUACAUAUCUACAACCCACUCCAGACUCACGCACAUCAGCCCACGUCAUUACGGAGACUUCAUUGAGUUCCUCGCCAAAGCCCGUGAGACGUUCAUGCUGGCCAUGGAUGGCACGCAACAAUUUGCGCAGCUCCUGGAGAACAUGAAAGUCGCCUACAAGGGCAAGAAGAAGCUCAUGUGCCUGGUGAAAGAACGGUUUGGUUGACGUCGGCUCUGCUCCUCCUCCUCCGUGCCCCGCGCGUUUCACCGAGUUUUGUUGCCCCUGUGAUGGCCGUUUUUUUAGGGAUGUUUUGAUACAUGUACGAGGAGGGAGAGUUUCAGAAAAUGAGAGAAAAAGAGUUUAGGCUAUAGGUUCUGGAAAAUUCUAUAUCUUGAUUCUUGAGAUUCGAAUGAGGUACCGUAUUUUCCCACCUAAAUUUCCCAGCUAUCCUCUUUCUGAAACUUCGGGCAAUUUUCUUAAAAAUUACCGUUUUACUGUACCAUGACAAAUUUUAACUCUGAUCCGUGUUAUUUUCGAUACCUCAAUGCCAUUUUCCAUUAAAUUCUUGCAGUCUUCUGAAUCCGAAUCAUGUGGGAAAUGUUUUAAAGAUAAUCGACACGGGUAUUCAAAAGGAUUGAAAUAUUGGCAUGCUCUUGGAGCGUUUUAUGUCUGUUCGUCAAAUGUGUGUCGGCUUCACUUCCCUCAAAAUUCAAUUCUGAGCGACAAACUGCUUCCAAAUAUGUUUCAGCUGAAUCUUGAUUCUAAACUGACCCAGGGAUUUCCGGUAUUUUCCAUCAGGUUUUUAUGCGUUUUUCUGUGCUUUGAGAAUUCAGUGUUGCUUUAAAAAAAAUCAUGGCAAAUUCAGUGAAGUUUCAGCUCUGAUGCGAGGAGAAAAGGAGCGGUGUUCUGAGUUUUCAAAGUUACAGAUCAUAUCGGAUACUGCUGAGAAGAAAAAGCUGAGAGAAAAGUUUGUUUUGAUUAGCCUUUAUGGUACAAAUGCGGAACUGCCUGUCGACGGAAAUGUGGAGGAGGAAAAUGGAUGGAUUUAAAUUCCGAAGGAAUCCGGGGAUGGAGGAGCGAGAAGAACUGACGAUAGCUUCAUGCAUUAUAAACUGAUAUUCGUCAUUUAUAUGUUGGUAUUGCAGAUCCCCUCCGCCUUCACCAAAUGUUCAGUAAAAAAGAAAAGAAAAGCGGUGGGGUGGAAUAUUUAGCAUGGUUUUAUCGGUCUCAGGUUUAGCGAGUGGCUUGUAAGCGGAAUCCGAUCAGCUGCUUUGUUUAAUUUCCCUCGUGCGCCUUUUUUUGUCCUUUUUUCAACGCAUCGGGAAGGCAUUACGUGAACGCGAUGCCGCCAAACUUGAAGUUUUGAAUGCGUUUUUUUUUUGUGGCAGGGUUUUUGAUCUCGGUCCUUACUUUUUUUUUGUUUUGGAACCCCGCGGAAAAAAACAUUUUUGUCUGUUUGUUGUACAGGAAUCGAAGGGAUUCAGAAUGUUUGGAUAAUGUCAGCAGCUUCACCUUUUAUUUUGCUUCUGUUCGGCACGCUGAUCUCUGGAAAAUGUUUUUUUUUGUUCCUGCUGUUUUUUGCCUCAAAUGUUGUGCACAGUUCAGGUUAUAUAAGCAAGGCCUAACAUUUUUUUGAAGGAGAAAAAAAAAUUGAAGAACCAUUUUUUGGCAGGAAUUAUAGCUUUACGUGAUCCCCCGUUUCAUCCUGCUAUAUUUUCCGUGAAGAAAAUACUUGCCGUGGGUGUUGAAUGUUGACCCCCCCAUCUGCUCCCUGUUCUGUCUCGGCGUUCGAUUUUGAAAUUGAUUUUGGGGAGAUGAUCCUGCUGGUAUGUAUUUUGUAAAACUGUAUACCUCAUGGAAGUUCGAAGUUCCGAGCUGCCGAGUGAGCUGAUUUUUUUGUUGGGCUGAAGUUGUUUUCAAUUCAUUUUCACCGCAAUUACCUCGGCGUGAAUGAGCAUGGCGAAGAGAAGAAGAAGAAGAAGAGG